AUGACUGGACCGGAAGGAACACCUAAUUCGGUAAAGGUAACGCAUAGUCCGGCGAUGGAUAUGCAAGCUCAUGUUAGUCCACCAGAAAAAUUUACAUUUUCUAUGCCUAAUACGUGGCCCCAAUGGAGAAAGCGGUUUGAGCGAUAUAUGUCCAUAUCGGGACAGAAUGAUAAGCCGGAAGAGGAGAAAAUAAAUUUAUUGGUGUAUAUCAUGGGAGAAGAAUCUGAAGAUAUUUUAUUGCAAGCUGCAGUUACACCUAAGAGUUAUGCUGAGACAUUACAGUGUUUUGAAAAUCACUUUGUUCCAAGGAGAAAUAUAAUUUUUGAGCGUUACAAAUUUAAUUCCAAAGUUCAGAAACCGGGGGAGUCAGUGGAGAGUUUCAUUACUAGUCUUCAUUCCCUGGCUGAGAGUUGUGACUACGGAGCACUAAAAGAAGAAUUGAUAAGAGAUCGCAUAGUGGUUGGAAUGCUGGACUCCCGGACUAGUGAGCGUUUACAAUUGCAAACAAAUUUAACUUUAUCUGAUUGCGUAUUGGCUGCAAAACAAGCUGAAAUUCAGGCUGAGCAGAACAGAGAACUUCAAAACGACAUGCGUCAGCGUCAAGUUGCAAAAUUGUCAGUUGAGACAAGAAAUGCUAACAAUGGUAGCGAUACGGGUGAUAGGAAGAAAGAAAACUCGUUUCAGAAUGAGUCUUUGAAGCAUCAGUGUGAUAAGCGCUGUCCUUUUUGUGGUCUGCAACCUCAUUCCAGAGAUAAGUGUCCUGCUAAUGGAGUAGUUUGUCGAAAAUGCAAGAAAAAGGGACAUUUUGCUAGAGUAUGUAGGAGUGUUAUGAUUAAAUCUUUGGAGUUACUUUCUGAAGAAGAAGACGUAGAUCUUGUAGGGACGAUUUAUUUAAACCAAAUUAAUACUCAAGAAUGGAUCGCCUCCUUAUUUCUUUCAGGGUUAAACAGAGUUAUUGAGUUUCUAGUAGAUACUGGUGCUGACGUUUCUUGCCUACCCUUUCAUUAUGUGCCCGAGAAUUUAUUGUAUAAAAUACGUAAGUCAAAUAAAAUUAUUUCUGGCUCGUCUGGGAUUAAGCUGGGGGUUCUUGGUACUAUGCCUGUUAAUUUGAUCCAAGGGGACAAAUUGUUUAAAACAGAGUUGUUUAUUAUAAAAAAUUUGACAAAACCUAUUCUAGGGAGGACAGCGAUUAUUAAUUUAAAUAUUAUUCUGUUGAACAAUAAUGAGGGCUUAUUAAAUUUAAAUACUAUAGCUAAUAAUAGUUCAUUAAAAGAAAUUGUUUCGGAAAAGUUUCCAGGAAUCUUUAGUAAUAUCGGAACGUUUAAAACUGAAAUGGAGAUAAAAGUAAAAGAAGGUGUUCAACCUUAUGUACAAUCUGUACCGCAUAUAGUACCCCUCGCCUUAUUAGAUUCACUAAAAUUGGAAUUAGAACGAUUACAAAAAUUAAAUAUAAUAGAACCUGUUGAUUAUUAUACUCCUUGGGUCAGUCCAAUUGUAGUUGUGAAGAAAGGUGAAAAAAUUAGAUUGUGUGUGGAUUACACCCGUUUAAAUACAGCUGUUCUGCGUUCUUAUUUCUAA